UUAUGUUACUUGCUUUUCAUUUAAAGAAAAAAGGAUUGAGAUCAAAGGAGGGCAGAUGUAUUUAUAGUUGAAGCAAUAGACAUUGUAUGAAGUUCCUUUACUAGAUGACACCUUGGCAAGCAGUGUUGUUCUUUGUUUGUGGCUGUUUAACAUCAUAUUUGUUUCAUCUUUUCCUGACUAAAAAUUAUGCCUCAAGUCAAAUUCACAAACAACAAUUAAAACUAGCAAUUGGAAUAAUGUCAGCACCUGAAAACUUUGAACACAGAGAUACGAUAAGAAAUACAUGGAAGCCAAAAGCAAGCAAAAACAUGCAGGCAUGGUUCAUCAUUGGCAAUCAGGAUUGCCAAAUUCACCCAGAAAAUAGAAUUGAUAAGUACGGAUGUGAAAAAUGGAAUCUUAAAUUUCAAGAUCCACAUCUUGUCAGAAACAACUUUCUUGCCAAUGUUACCUUGCCAAGAAACACAAAGCCAAGGAAACCUGGACGACAUAUUGUCGAUAGACUGAACUUCAAAGUGAUGUCUGAUGUCCUUGUGAAGAGAAUUGGUAUAGCUUCUGUUGUGUUAAAUCUUCAGUCAGAAAUUACUGUUCAAAUCUUAGAAGCAUGGUCUGGCAAUGUUGUUGCAGUCACACAGUUUUCAACCGUAGAUAAGGGAAUUGAAAUGGAGCACUGUACAUUUCAACCAGUUUCUAGUGUGAUUUUUCACAAGAAUUAUGAAUAUGUUAUAGAAAUUGAAAAUUUCAGCAAUCAUGGAAAGAUGUCAGGAUUAGAAAUGGACACAGUAUUAAAUGAUUUUGAUGGUGCAAUAUACUAUCAAACAAAAAUUAAAAGUGAUGAUAUUAUUCUACCAAAUAUGUGGCUUGAAGUUCAAGAUGUUUCUGAUGAUGAAAAUUUCAAACAUGCAAAUUUUCUGGAAAAGGAGUGGAAACAACAAUCCAGUGAUAUUCGUCAUAGACUUAAGGCAGAAGCAGAAACGUAUGAAGACAUUUUAUUUGUUGACACUUUUGAUGUUUACAGAAAUUUACCAAAGAAAUUACUAUUAUUUCAUCAAUGGUUGUUGAAUAACUCUUUGCCAAGUUUUGUUCUAAAAACUGAUGAUGAUUGUUUAAUUGUUUUGGAUUCAGUUCUUCAGUAUAUAUCAAAGCUAAGUGAACAAAAUGACAACUUUGUAUGGUGGGGAAACUUCAGAAAACAGUGGUUAGUGCAAAAAUUUGGAAAAUGGGCAGAAUUUUCAUAUGCUGCUGAUGUGUAUCCAGCAUUUGCUUGUGGUUCUGGAAACAUCGUAAAUGCAAAUGUACAUAGAUGGAUAGCUAAAAAUGCAGACCAUUUACAUACAUACCAAGGAGAGGAUGUGUCUAUGGGGAUAUGGAUGGCAGCAAUAUCCCCUGUUCAUUUUGAGGAUAGGCGUUGGCAGUGUUCAAAUAGUUGUACUCAGGACUCAUUGAGUAUUCCAGAACUUAAACCUUCAGAGAUUAAAGAAUAUUGGAAAAAUAUACAGCUUUGUAAUAAUCCAUGUAACUGCAAUAAUUGAUUUCAAAAGCUCAUAAAAAUUGAACAAAA